AUGCUACGGCCGCGGUGUCUCUGGCAGAAGACGAGCAGUCUCUACAAGAGACAAUUCUCCUACAAUGUGAUUCAAAGAUCGACAGCAGCGGCGACAGCCACGGAAGCAGAAGUUCACGAUGGAGACAAGCCACUCCAAGGGAAAUUCGUCGCCCUGAAAGCCAACAUAGCCACCAAGACGAACGUCGUCCCAACCACCGCAGCCUCGAAAACCCUCGCGAACUACCACUCUCCCUUCCACGCUACCGUCUCCUCUCUCCUCCUGCAACAUGGCGCCUCCCUCCUCCCCAAUGCCAACAUGGAUGAGUUCGGCAUGGGCUCACACUCGCAAUUCUCGCCUCUCCUCGGUCCUUUGACUUCGGCCUUCAGUCGCAAUGGCAAACCUCUCUCCCCAGGCGGGAGUAGCGGUGGAAGCGCUCUCUGGGUCGCGAAUGAGCUUUGCUGGGCGGCUAUUGGGACAGAUACAGGCGGGAGUGUGAGAUUGCCUGGGGCUUAUUGUGGGGUUGUGGGCUUCAAACCGAGUUAUGGGAGGAUCAGUCGGUGGGGGGUCGUGCAGUAUGCGAAUUCGCUGGAUACUGUCGGUGUUCUCGCGAAGGAGGUACAAAGAGCGAGGGAGGUGUUCCAGUGUUUGGAUCAAGAGGACUGGAGAGACAUGACGUGCAUGGGACCAAGCUUAAGGAGCAGGAUCGCGAAAACGUCGAGACAACACGACAGGAAGUCCCUGAGAAUCGGCAUUCCAUUGGAAUACAACAUCGCCGAACUCUCCCCACCCGUCAAAGCCACCUACACCGCCACUCUCCGCGCCCUGCACGCAUCAGGCCACACGCUCCACCCCGUCUCCCUCCCCACAACCCGCCUCGCCCUCUCAGCCUACUACAUCCUCGCCCCAGCCGAAGCCUCCUCGAACCUCGCCAAAUACGACGGCAUCCGCUACGGCCACCGCACACCCACCACCGACGCAGCCCCCAACGCGGACCCGCCUCUCCCCUUGUACGCGCAAACCCGCGCCGAGGCCUUCGGCCCCGAAGUCCAGCGCCGGAUUCUGCUGGGCGCGUACACGCUAAGCUCGGACGCGAUGGAGAAUUAUUUCCUGCAGGCGCAGAGGGUGAGGCGGUUGGUGCAGCGGGAUUUCGAUCGGGUUUUCGCGGCGGGGAAUCCUUUGCUUGAUCCUGGGAGUGGAAGUGGGGAGAAAGUGGACGUUCUCCUGACGCCCACGGCCCCGACGCUUCCCCCGACGGUGGAGGAGCUGGAGGGACAGUCGCCUGUGGAGAGUUAUAUGAAUGAUGUGUUCACUGUCCCGGCGAGUCUGGCGGGUCUGCCUGCCAUCUCCGUGCCUGUGCCUCUUUCUGCUGAGCAGAGAAAGGGCAUGGAUGAGAAGGACGUGACGAGCGUAGGCAUGCAGCUCAUCGGGCAAUUCGGGAACGACAAGUUGGUGUUGGAUGCAGCUGAGAUGUUAGAAUCAAUCAACAAUACUGCCUGA